CUCUCAAGACGUGGCAACAGCCUGCGACAUCCUUUCGCAGCUGGGCGGCGGGUCGUCUUUCCAUUGUCGGUCUCGCCUUCUGCAUCCAUUUCGGGCUCCAGCGUUUCGCCGACUCGAGGCACGAGGGGCGCCAGCGCAGAGGCCACCGCCCCCUUCCCAGAGGCCACCGCCUCCACGAUGGCCGCCUCGCUGCCCCAGAAGAUGAACGCCAGCCUGGCCGCCGUGCAGGCCAGCGGCGCCCCGUGCCUCGAGCUGCCCACGCCGAAAGCCGGCGCCCGCGUGCACUUCGGCGGCCUCGUGCAGGAGCUGUCGCCCAUGCACUGCUCGCAGGACGGCUCUCCGAUGGGGGCGUCCACCGCGCCGGCGUCGCCGUGGUCGCCUGUCACGCCGAUGGUCACCUCCUCGUCCGCCUUCUUCCCGAACAGCGUGGGCGCCGGCCGCCUCUGCUCCGGGAUCGCGCAGGGCCCACGCGCGAGCUUCCAGGGCCUGGACGCGGCGCCUUCGCCCGCGCCGUCGCCGACUAUGUCCCCCGGGGCGGCCAUCCGCCGCAAUGCGGACCGCCUGGGCAUCCCGCUGAACCUCCAGGUGCAGGGCAUCCUCGCGCCGAUCCCCGUGGCGGCCCACGGGACCUGCGGGGACGAGGUGCUCGCGCCCUCGCCGCAUUCGGGCUCGGCGCGCAUGCAGGUGGAGCUGCCGCAGGAGGACCCCGCGCCCCAGCAGCCGGCGAAGGCCCCAGUGCACAUCGCCGGCGUGGCGCGCCCCAGCGCCGGCCGUUUCUCUGGCGCCUGA